AUGGCAAAUAUUUCAAGGGUUGUGGAGCUAUCUCCUCAGAGGGACGAUUGGAUCAUAAGAGUGAAGGUCUUGAAGAAAUGGACCGAGAUGAUAGAUGGUGGUGGAGAAAUAUUGCGUUUUCAGUUAGUUGAUGAACAUGAUGGAAAAAUACCUGCUAAAGUUAGUGACGAGGAUGGCCUAUAUGACCAUUUCGACAUGAAUGUGCACGAGGGCCACUGGAAACUAAUCUCCGGAUUCGUCGUCGAGCUAACACCACCUGAGGAACUUUUCUCCGAGAAUCAACAUACAAUCGUCUUCACCGACAAUACAACCUGCAUGCAGCAAGUGGUAUUCAUCAAGAGCACUAUAUGA